AAGAGACUACUGUGACCAUAUGGUCACAGUUUCAGUAUUUUAUUUUUUGGGUUGGUAUGCCUGAUUCAUGAAGCUGGUUUUGAUUUUUUCUUAGCCAGCUGACAGAACAAGAGUUAUUCUUCACCUGUAGUGUUAUUGUUUGAUGGUUGGUUUCAGUUGUGAGGAACAGUAAAGUAUUAAAUUUACUUAUGUUACAACAUGGCUGAUUUUCUUGACAACAAUUGGUUGCAACAACUGUCACUGGCCGAGGGAUUUACUGUAGCCGAAGCUGUCGAUGUAAUUGAAAACUUUGUUGAUGACGGGAAUCUCGACACCUCAGACGUUGACAUCUUUAUUGCCCCCCCAGAAAAUGAUAUCCUCACUGAUGAAGACUCUGGUCCAGAAGACGAAGGUGGUACCAUAAAUAAUUUGAACGGUGGACAACUAUCAGCUCCCGCAGAAAUAAGAGUAAGAAGACUUUGUAAUCUUGUUGAAUCAAGUUGCACGGAACUACAAGAUAAAAAAACAUCGAACCUGGAUUGAUGGCGACAUGGAAGCUCAGAAGACUCUUGCUUUUCAAGCAUACAACUACAGUAAGUUCAGUUCUUUAAGCCCAGUUGAACUUUUUGAGCUAUUCAUCAACAACAGUGUUAUUGAAUUGCUAGUUAAAAAUACAAACAAGUACGCUUUAUUCAAAAACUGCCCAGACCCAAAGGUUACGGAGGAAGAAAUGAAAUGCUUUUUAGCAAUUUUGUUACUGUCAGGAUACAAUGAACUGCCUGGUAAGAAAUGCUAUUGGGAUUCUGGACUAGAUAUGAAAAAUGAAAUGGUCUGUCAAGCAAUGAGACGUGAUAGAUUUAUUCAAAUUAUGCGCUUUUUGCACUGUGCAGAUAACUCUGAGACAAUUCCAAAUGACAAAAUGUGGAAAAUGAGGCCACUUAUGAACUUACUCAAAUGUAAAUGUCUUGAC